AUGGCCACCCCGCACGUUAUUUGCAAGUUGCAGCUAUGGCGUGAGGCAGGCAUAAUGCCCACUGGAAUAGUGCUAUACAUACCCUUUGGAUAUGUGCAGCUAAAGUCGGCAACUUGGGCACGUAGAAUACCACGUUGCAUGCCUGCUGUUAGGUAUAUGAUGCUACAAAACCCUCGAAUUGCUUGGGACAAUUAUAUUAAAAAAUAA